AUGAUGUCCUUCCGCACAUUUCUUCCGCUAUCGCAGCAAAGUUUCGUCGAGAUGCCGCAGCUCCUUGGUCUCAAACCCAAGCAGCAGUCGAAACCGGUGAACAAGUGUUCCCUCGACUUCAUCCUCUCGAAAGACGAGAUCGUAUCCAAGCCAGCGCUACUCCCUUCCUUUCCAUGGACGUCCCCGCAGCGAGGGUCAUCGAACAAGACGUUUGCCCCCAUCCUCGCACCUCCAUCAGGUCCCUGCAAGUUUGCCAAACGACGACGUCUCCAGAAUAUCAGCGUGUCCAACGGUAGCACGAAAGUAUCUGCUAAAGCGGGAAAGGCUCUUGCAAGUGGAUCAGUGGUCAAGAAAGGCAGCAAGUACUGCAUGGUGGAUGGAUGCAUGAGUCGAGCCAAGCACGCACGUCGCUGUUGGCGCCACGGUGGCUCGGUCAAGUGCAAGAUCCCGGACUGUACCAACCGCGCGAAGACCAAAGGCGUGUGUUGGUCGCACGGCGGCGGCACCCUCUGUUCGUUCCGCGACUGCACCACGAUUUCCGUCUCCAAUGGUGUCUGCUGGGCCCAUGGCGGGGGCAAACGUUGUGCAAUGGACGGAUGUGCACGUCCAGCCUACGAACGAACGGAGCACCUGUGCACGCUCCACUUUGAGGAGAAGCAGUACAUCGCACAGGUCCACAGUAUCAACACGCAGUGCCACCCCAAAAACACGCCUGCUAGAGACGAAAGCCAUGCAUCAAAUGGCUUGUGA